UUUUCAUAAAAAAUGGAUCUUUUUAAAAAAUAGGAAAGAAAAUAACUGGAGCAGAGAGAGAGAGAGUACUGUGUCAUCCCAAUCCGGUGGCUGUGAGCUUUGGCGGCGAUGGCGGCUUGUGUUGCUGUUGGGUUCAAACCCUAUUCAGCUCUCCGAAUUCUCUCAUUCUACUCUUCUCUUCCCAGGGCUCGACCUCUCUGUUUCCCGCCACUGUUUCGGCGCAUUUCCCCAUCUUCCCCAGCUCGGACUUGCUUCUGCUCUCUAGUCUCCGGCGGCGAGAAAACUAAGCCGGAAAUCGCUGAGAACUGGAGGUCCGAGAGCGUUGGAGAUUUCAGGAAGAAGCUGAGGAUUGCGGAUAUUAAAGGCGGACCCGAUGAGGGGUUGGAGCGAUUGGGACAAACUCUGGUAGUGAAGGGGUGGGUUCGGACUGUUCGUGUUCAGAGCUCUGUCACUUUCAUUGAUGUUAAUGAUGGUUCUUGUCUCUCAAAUAUGCAAUGUGUUAUGGGUUCUGAUGCUGAUGGUUAUGAUCAGGUAGAAUCUGGGUCAGUUACAACUGGUGCCUCAAUAUGGGUGCAAGGGAUUGUGGUGAAAAGUCAGGGAUCUAAACAAAAGGUGGAGUUGAAGGUUAAUAAGAUUGUCGUGGUUGGUAAAAGUGAUCCCUCUUUUCCCAUUCAAAAGAAAAGGGUAAGCAAAGAAUUUUUGAGAACCAAAGCUCAUCUUCGUCCAAGAACAAACACUUUUGGUGCGGUUGCAAGAGUGAGGAAUGCUUUGGCCUAUGCUACACACAAAUUUUUCCAAGAAAAUGGAUUUGUUUGGAUCUCAAGUCCUAUUAUUACUGCUUCAGAUUGUGAAGGUGCAGGUGAACAGUUUUGUGUGACUACUUUGAUGCAAAGCUCUGGAGAAGUUGAUUCUCUCGUGGAUUGCAUUCCAAAAACAAAGGAUGGUUUGAUUGAUUGGUCCCAAGAUUUCUUUGGGAAACCAGCAUUCUUGACUGUGUCUGGUCAGCUUAAUGCUGAAACCUAUGCUACUGCUCUUUCAGAUGUGUACACAUUUGGCCCCACAUUCCGAGCUGAAAAUUCAAACACUUCUAGGCACUUGGCUGAAUUUUGGAUGAUUGAACCUGAACUUGCAUUUGCUGAUCUGAAUGAUGAUAUGGCUUGUGCAACUGCCUAUCUACAGUAUGUCGUGAAAUAUGUUCUCGAAAAUUGCAAGGAGGACAUGGAUUUUUUCAAUACUUGGAUUGAGAAGGGCAUAAUUGAUCGAUUGAGUGAUGUUGCUCAGAAAGAAUUUGUACAAUUGACGUAUACUAAUGCAAUUGAACUUCUUCUAAAAUCAAAGAAGAAAUUUGAAUUCCCGGUGAAGUGGGGGUGUGACUUGCAGAGUGAGCACGAACGCUAUAUAACUGAAGAGGCAUUCAAUGGAUGCCCUGUAAUAAUCAGGGACUAUCCAAAGGAGAUUAAAGCAUUCUAUAUGCGGCAAAAUGAUGAUGGGAAGACUGUGGCAGCUAUGGAUGUAUUGGUUCCUCGGGUCGGUGAACUUAUUGGUGGAAGCCAGAGAGAAGAACGGCUUGAAUAUCUGGAAGAUCGGUUGGAUCAAUUGAAGUUAAAUAAGGACAGCUACUGGUGGUAUUUAGAUUUGCGCCGAUAUGGUUCAGUUCCUCAUGCUGGUUUUGGCUUGGGUUUUGAAAGGCUUGUACAAUUUGCAACUGGUGUAGAAAAUAUAAGAGAUGCUAUUCCUUUUCCCCGGACACCUGGUUCGGCCGAGUUUUAAGUCUCAUCAAGUUUUGUUAAAAGCUCAGCUUUAGUUUCAGCCUCAACUACAACACAUUAAUUUAUUUAGAAGCCGCACAUAGCUAUAAAGCCAUUUAAGGAUGGUCCAAGAGAAUUUACUAUUUUUUGUUUGUAAUAUCUUUAAAUUCAAAUCCAUUGGAAUUAAUAAGAGAAAUUUGAGUGCAUUGCAGAGUGCAGACUCUUUAAAAUUA